AUGGAAAGUUUGAAAGUGCUUCAUAUCAAUUGGUGUUAUUUUGAAAGGAUAAUCAAUGACAAACUAUACAGCAUUGUUCUGGGGAAUAGAAUCCGUGAAUUCAAAUUAUAUUCUGAACAAAUGAAAGUAUUGAGAACCACCACAAAUUCUAUGGAUGUUGAAAAUAUUAUCAAUAUUCCCCCCCUGGAAUCCAAAACUACCUUUAAUACAUUCUUAACAGAAUUUGGGGUUUACUAUCCAUUGUUCCAACCAGAUAUAACCACAUUCAUGGAAUCAAACUGGAACGUGUUUGAUAUUAUUCCUGAUAAAAUAUAUUUGUCUUAUAGAACUCCUUUUCCAUUAACUAAUGAUGAUAGAGAUCAUCCUAUUUUCAAACUAAACAAUCUAUUAAUUAAAUCUUGUGACUUAUUUUGGAGUUUUAGAUCUAUCAUCAACUUUCUGACUCAGAAAUUGAUGAAACUUCAAAUGGAAUGUUUAACAACUUUCAACCAAAUUAAUUUGAGUAAUAUAGCAAUGGUACAUCUUAUGAUUCAAGUUGGAAAUAAUCAUGUACCUCUAACAUUUAUUCAACAUGGACUUAGGGAUAAUUAUCAUUGUUUUAUCAAUUCGGAACAUAAAUCAGAUCCAGCAAGUAGAACAUUUAUCAAAGAUUUCCUGUUUUCAUUCCAUCAAACUUUGAUUUGUAAGUCUAACUCAUUUUUUAUGUAUGAUGGAGACUUUAUUCUAGCAGUAGUUUUAGAUCCUAAUCCAAUGGAUAAUUCAAGUUUAGAUUUAUCUAAUGUACAUGGUAUAAAGUGUAAGAUAUUUCUAUUUGAUGCUAAGUUAGAACCAUACUACAUAUCUAUAUUCAUCAUCGUUUUUGCUAUAGCUUAUGCAAAAACUAUACCUGAACCAAUGGUAACUCGUCUUGCUGAUGCUUUUAAUCAAACAGAAAGACAAAGACAAUUACAAUGGGAGAAGAAUUAUCAGUUAUUAGAGAAAUUUGCUACUAUAAUUUCUACAGUUCCUCCAUCUGAUUCAUUGCCUAAAUCUCUCAAACAUAUUAAAAUUAAAGAUAUAGAAACCAUGAUUCGUAAUGAAUUCAAUUCUGAUAUAUCCCUCUCUCAGGUCUCCAAAAUAAUCAAUAACUUUGUAUUCAGAGAUGCAAGCUCAAUCAACAUAAGAUCAAUAAUCAAUGGGGAAUAUUUCCAACAUAAUCGUUCUAUCGUGAUUGAAGAUACGGAUGGUUUUAUUUACAAGAUCUUUGACCCUGUAAGAUGCAAAGUAUCGAAUAAUGAUUCCCUUCAUGACAGAAUUAAUAUACUAUUUGAACCAUUUAUCCGUGAAGUUCUAACUCAUACGUUUAUAAAUGAUUUCCAAUUCAAACCAAAGUGUUUAGAAUUUGGUUAUAUUAAGAAUAAUAAUAAAACAUUUCUCAAUACGUUAGGAUAUGGGGUUCACACAUCAUUAAGUGGGUUUUAUAUCAAGAUGAUGCAAAAGCAAGCAUAUAAUCUUAAUCUUUUCUGGAGAAAGGACUUAGCACCAAAAUUAAGACUUAUUCUAAAACAUCUUCAUCACUAUAAAGUAAGUCAUGGAGACAUUCAUCCUGGAAAUUUCUUGUGUGACCCUAGAACUGAAUCAGUGUCUAUGAUUGAUUUUGGAAAGCUGAACCAUGCAUUCAUGAGAGUAAAUGGCUCCAUAUCGAAAACUGAAGAUAGGAAAAGAAUACAAGAGCUAAUGGAUCAAGAUACUAAAGAUUUAGAAAUCAUGAUUAAUAAUCAAAAUUCAAAAAACGAUCCGAAAGUUUCCAAAGUUUAUUUUGACGGGUUGAAAGAAUUAGAGGAACUCUUAGAAGUUGUUGAUUUUGAUGAAAUACAUCCUUUCACAACUCAGUUGAAGAAAAAGUUUAAACCUGCCGAGAUCAAGGUCAUAAUCCCAAGGCUUUAUAAAGUUUUUAAUCUGCAUUAUAUAAGUAAUGAUUUAGACACUCAGGAUUUGAAAUGGUUUCAAAGAAAAAAAUUACUUUAUGAUGGAGUAGUUAAUGAUUACCUCAGUAUUCUACCAUCUGAUGAUGAUAAGAUGUCAGCUAUUUUGUUUAAAUUCUACUCUGAACAACUUAAAUCAUUGAGAUCCACAGUGUCUAUGAGUGAUAUACCUGGCAGAAAUAACCUUUACAAUACAGGAGCAAAGGGUUCAGCAAGAGAUCUGGGGUUCAAUGAUGAAGAUUGUGAGCAUGACUACAGAGUGUCUGGUGAUAUCUUCAAAGAAUGUGGCUUUUUCUAUCCAUUAUCGCAAGAGCCCAUUACAACUUUAAUAGAAUCGAAUUUAUACAUCCAUGAUAUUAUUCCUCAUAAUAUUGAUGAGUUAGAAUUUGAACGUUAUCCAGAAUUACCUUAUAAUGAUAGUGAAGAUGCUAUUGAGGUAUACCUAUACAGUCUAUUAACUAGUACUUGUAACAUAUUUUUAGAAUUUAAAUCUUUCAUUAAAAUUCUUUAUCGAGAAUUAGUAAAUCUGAAUAUGGAAGCUCUUCAUCCUUUGAUUAUUAUGGCACAUAGCAUGAUCGAGUUUAGACAUAAUCGUAUACCACUACGAAUCACGGAUAACGGACUUGGAGUCAAUUAUCAAACAUUUAUCAAUUCAAAAGAGAAGGAAGAUACACAAAGUAAAACUUUCAUUGAAGAUUUUCUGAAAUCAUACUAUCAAUCGAUAAUUUGUAAGUCUAAUUCAUUUUUAAUGUAUGAUGGAGAGUUUAUCAUAGGUGUUGUUUUAGAUUCAAAUCCAUUAGGUGAUGCAAGUCCAUCCAAUUUACAUGGUGUGAAGUGUAAGAUAUUUACAUAUGAUGCUAAAUUAGAACCAUUCUCUAUAGCUCUAUUCAUCAUAAUAUUUGCUAUUACUUAUGCAAGAACUAUCCCAGAUCCAAUGAUAGCUCGGCUCAUAGAUUCAUUUAACCAUACAAACAAAUGA